ACCAAUAAGACUUGCAAACUACUUCAACCUCACUCUUUCUCUCUCUCUCUUGAUCCAAUUUCAGGCAAGUGAGAUUCUGCUUCGCAGACAUUUGGCAAUAAGAUUUUAAAUUAAGAUUCAAAUUACAGGUCAGUUUUCUUCUACAAUCGAUCAUGAAACUGUGAUCUUGAAUUUAAUCCUUCAUUUUCAUGCCCAAAGUUCUAUUCUUUGCUUGCUGGGUUAUGUAGCUAACUCGCUGCAUAUUGAAGCUUUCAGACCAAUAACCAUGAAAACGUGCCAAUUUUAGCUGCCAAUUUGUUGUUUUAACGAAUGAGUUUUGAAGUUUUUUGAUUUUUAGCUAGUGGGUAGUUGAGAAUAUCUUGAAAUAAGUGAUUGGUAUAUAGGAUUGUGAUCAUGAGGAAUAUAUCUGCUCUCGUUGUCUUUUUGUCUUUCUGUGGAUUGUGCUUAUCUGGGUUUACGAAUUCAUAUAUUCCAGAUAAAUUUGGUUUUGAGGCUGAUAUUGAGUCUGUCCCUACUCAUAGUUAUGACAGAAUUGACGAAGUGAAGAAACAUUGUGCUUUUGUUUUGUCUUCUGCUACUGAAUUGAAACCUGAAGAUACUAGAGUUUAUGGUAUUAAAGAAGAUCUUAAUUUUAUAAAUGGUGAUUGGAGGCAGGAUGUUGGUGAAGCUCCAAUUGUACCAUAUGUUGACAAAGAGUAUCGCAAUAGUAACUUAUCAGAUGUUCCAAUGAACUUGGUUUCUUUUUGGGUCACCGAUGUUGAUCAUGGCCAUAGAUCUAAGAAGUCAAUUAGUGUUAAUGGGUUUUUGGUUAUGGGUAGAACAUUAAGUUCUUUUGGGGACAGACCAUAUGAAGAUAGUCUUCGCUUUCAGAUAUGGCCUGGUCAUACCCAGCUUUCAAUUUCGUUUCAAGGGGUAUAUACUGAAUCUAAGAAGAACAGAGGUGAAAGAGUAAUGUGUUUUCUGGGGAGCACAAUGCUGCCUUCUCGGGAGUCUGAUUCGAGUGAUCCAUGGGGAUGGGUGAAAGGGCCUGGUUCGAAUUAUAAUCAGCCACCUCUUCUGCAAGAUGAUCAGAUUCUGCUAGUUCUGCAUUUUCCAAUUAGCUUUUCAUUGACCAAUAGGGUGAUCCAAGGAGAAAUGAGAAGUUUAAACCCCAAAACAAAUCCCAAGUACUUUGAUCAAGUUCACAUAUUAUCACAGUUGUCAAAGUCGGCAAACUAUGAAUUUGGCUCUGAAAAAAUUGUUUCCAAAGUGUGCAACCCAUAUCCCUAUAAUGAUACAAUGUUCAAUAGUGGUAUUGACGUCUAUAAAGGAACUGGUUUUUGUGAAAUUCUAGGGCAAAUUACUGAAGAAGGAGCAGCGCCUUUUACCAUUCUGCCAAACUGGAAGUGCAAUGGCACAGAUGAUUUUUGCAGCAAGUUGGGUCCAUUUAUGACGGAUAAUGAAACUAAAGCAACAGAUGGGAGCUUUAAAGGUGUAAAACUCUUUGUGCAAAAUAUCAAAUGUGAGCAGACACUUGCACAAGGAAAUGCUAGUUCUGCAAGGGUUGCUGCCGUCUUUCGAGCUGUCCCUCCAAUGGCGAAUCAGUAUAUUAUGGGAAUGAGAUCUGGACCAAACAACUUGACAGUAGCUGCUGAGGGAUUUUGGAAGUCUUCCAAUGGGCAGCUUUGCAUGGUUGGUUGCCUUGGAUUAGUGGAUACAGAAGGAAGUAGCUGUAAUUUGAGGGUCUGUUUAUACAUUCCUAUGUCGUUUUCCAUAAAGCAACGCAGCAUAGUUUUCGGGAGUUUUUCCAGUACUGGUAAAAUGAACAGCCCGUUUUUCCCUUUAUCAUUCGAAAAACUAGCACAACCCACAGAGCUGUGGAAUUAUUAUAGAUUCUCCCAUGCAUAUUACAGUUAUUCAAAAUUAGAGGAAGCUGGUAUAAUCCUGGAAAGAAAUGAGCCCUUCAGUUUCAGAACUGUCAUAAAGAAAUCAUUGCUGCAGUUCCCAAAACUGGAAGAUGCAGAAUUCAUAACCAGCCUUUCUCUUCUUGCAGAGGACCUGACACUCCAUACGUCAGCAUUUCCUGAUCCCUUGCCUAGUUCUCGGCCUGGAAGAACUGAUUUCGGCAUGGAGAUUCUCUCACUUGGCCCCUUGUUUGGGCGAUACUGGUCCUCGAACAAUACUUCAUGGGCAGAUAAGGAGACACCAUACCACAGCAAAGCUGAAUACACUGAAAAAGAAGUCCUCCUGAAUGUAUCAGCUCAAAUCACACUUUAUGGAGAUUCUUCUACCAAUUUUUCUGUGCUUUUCCUAGAAGGCCUUUAUGACCCUCAUGUUGGGAAGAUGUAUCUAGUUGGCUGCAGGGAUGUCCGAGCCUCAUGGAACAUUUUAUUUGAGAGCAUGGAUCUUGAAGCAGGUUUGGAUUGCUUAAUUGAAGUGAUUGUUUCUUAUCCACCUACUACAUCUCGGUGGCUAGUUAAUCCAACUGUUAGGAUUUCUAUAACCAGCCAACGAAAUGAUGAUGAUCCCCUCCAUUUUAAUACGAUUAGGCUCCAAACUCUUCCUAUUAUGUACCGGAAACAAAGAGAUGAUAUUCUUUCACGCAGGGGGGUUGAGGGGAUCCUCCGAAUUUUAACUCUUUCAUUUGCAAUUGCCUGCAUUUUAAGUCAGCUAUUCUACAUAAAGCAUGAUACAGAUUCUGUUCCUUUCAUUUCUCUUGUUAUGCUUGGAGUCCAAGCUCUUGGAUAUAGCCUUCCGCUGAUCACUGGUGCAGAAGCUCUCUUCAAGAGGAUGUCAUCUGAACCUUAUGAGACAUCGUCAUAUGAUCUAGAGAAGAAUCAGUGGGUGCAUGUGAUUGAUUACACAGUGAAGCUUCUUAUCAUGGUUUCAUUUCUACUAACCCUUAGACUCUGUCAGAAAGUGUGGAAAUCUCGUAUCAGAUUACUUACAAGAUCCCCUCAUGAGCCACAUCGUGUUCCAAGUGACAAGCAGGUAUUCCUUGCUACAUUGGUCGUACAUGUGGUUGGCUAUCUCAUUGUUCUCGUUAUUCAUGCUAUUAAAACUAUUCAGAAGCCUUUGAAAAUGGAGAUAUCUGUUGAUUCAGCUGGUAAUUCCCGGACACUGAGAGAAUGGGAAACUGAAUUAGAGGAGUAUGUAGGUCUUGUCCAAGACUUUUUCUUGCUGCCACAAGUUAUUGGUAAUAUUUUGUGGCAGAUUGAUUCUCAACCACUGAAGAACGUGUAUUUCAUCGGUAUCACGGUCGUCAGACUUCUUCCUCAUGUCUAUGAUUAUAUAAGAUCUCCUGUUCCCAAUCCUUACUUUGCCGAAGAAUAUGAAUUCGUGAACCCAAACAUGGACUUUUACUCUAAAUUCGGAGAUAUUGCUAUACCUGCCACUGCAAUUCUUCUUGCAGCUGUAGUCUAUAUUCAGCAGAGAUGGAAUUAUGGGAAGCUCAGCCAGUUUCUCACUUUUGGGCAGUGUAGGCUACUGCCUCUAGGUUCAAGAGUGUACCAGAGGUUGCCUUCCAAGUCAUUGGAAUCGGAGCUUGCUUCUGGUGUCAAUGGAAAUAACAGUCUUGGGACAGAGCGUGACGAUGAAGAGUAGUUUAACAUAGCUUUUUACAGUAACUGACGGGAUAAGUGUCUGUAAACUUCACUGAUAGUAGAUGGUAUUUUGGUAGUUCAUCAUCAUGCAUGGGACAUAGAAUUCUAAAAUAGCAAAAUUACUUGUUUCUA